AGUCGGCCGAUGGCGGGCGUAGCGGAGCGGCUGGCGCGGGAGCGCGCGGCGGCGGCCGGGCUGGGCUCCCACGAGCGUGCGGUGCAGCACAUGGGCCAGGACUUUGCGGCGCUGCGCGAUGCGUGCCUGGCGGACGGCACGCUCUUCCAGGACACGGCCUUCCCCGCCGUGCCCGCCGCACUGGGCUUCGCCGAGCUGGGGCCGCGCUCCAGCAAGACGCGCGGCGUGGAGUGGAAGCGACCGCCGGAGAUCUGUGCGGAUCCCCAGUUUAUUGUCGGAGGAGCCACGCGGACAGACAUCUGCCAGGGAGCCCUGGGUGACUGCUGGCUGCUGGCCGCCAUCGCCUCCCUCACCCUGAAUGAAGAGAUCCUGGCACGCGUUGUGCCGCUGGACCAGAGCUUCCAGGAGAACUACGCAGGCAUCUUCCGCUUCCAGUUCUGGCAGUACGGCGAGUGGGUGGAGGUGGUGGUGGACGACAGGCUGCCCACCAAGGACGGGGAGCUGCUGUUCCUGCACUCGGCCGAGGGCACAGAGUUCUGGAGUGCGCUGCUCGAGAAGGCCUAUGCCAAGAUCAACGGCUGCUAUGAAGCCCUGUCGGGUGGUGCCACCACCGAGGGCUUCGAGGACUUCACGGGAGGCAUCGCGGAGUGGUACGAGCUGCAGAAGCCGCCACCCAACCUGUUCAGGAUCAUCCAGAAGGCCCUGGAGAAGGGCUCGCUGCUUGGCUGCUCCAUCGAUAUCACCAGUGCAGCGGACUCGGAGGCCAUCACCUACCAGAAGCUGGUGAAGGGGCACGCAUACUCUGUCACUGGGGCGGAGGAGGUGGAAAGUGCAGGGAGCCUGCAGAAACUAAUCCGAGUCCGAAACCCCUGGGGACAGGUGGAGUGGACCGGGAAGUGGAACGACAACUGUCCAAACUGGAGCACAGUGGACCCAGAGGUGAGAGAGCGGCUGACCGUGAGGCUUGAGGACGGGGAGUUCUGGAUGUCCUUUGGGGAUUUCCUGCGACACUACUCCCGCCUGGAGAUCUGCAACCUGACCCCAGACACACUCACCAGCGACACCUACAAGAAGUGGAAGCUGACCAAGAUGGACGGGAGCUGGCGGCGCGGCUCCACCGCGGGCGGCUGCAGGAAUUACCCUAACACCUUCUGGAUGAACCCCCAGUACCUGAUCAAGCUGGAGGAGGAGGAUGAGGACCAGGAGGACGGCGAGGGCGGCUGCACCUUCCUGGUGGGCCUCAUCCAGAAGCACCGGCGGCGGCAGAGGAAGAUGGGCCAGGACAUGCACACCAUCGGCUUCGGCAUCUACGAGGUUCCAGAGGAGAUGGCCGGGCAAACCAACAUCCACCUGGGAAGGAAUUUCUUCCUGACGACUCGUGCCCGUGAGCGCUCCGACACCUUCAUCAACCUGAGAGAGGUGCUCAACCGCUUCCGGCUGCCCCCAGGGGAGUACAUCCUCGUGCCGUCCACCUUCGAGCCCCACAAGGAUGGUGACUUCUGCGUCCGUGUCUUCUCUGAGAAGAAGGCUGACUACCAAGUUGUGGAUGACGAAAUCGAGGCCAACCUGGAAGAGAUAGACGUUGAGGAGGAGAACAUCGAUGACAGCUUCCGGCGGCUGUUUGCUCAGCUGGCAGGGGAGGAUGCGGAGAUCUCGGCCUUCGAGUUGCAGACCAUCCUGAGGAGAGUGCUGGCAAAGCGACAAGACAUCAAGUCAGACGGCUUCAGCAUCGAGACCUGCAAGAUCAUGGUGGACAUGCUAGACUCAGAUGGGAGCGGCAAGCUGGGGCUGAAGGAGUUCUACAUCCUGUGGACGAAGAUCCAGAAAUACCAAAAAAUUUACCGGGAGAUCGACAUAGACAAGUCUGGGACCAUGAACUCCUAUGAGAUGCGGAGGGCACUGGAGGAAGCAGGCUUCAAGCUGCCUUGUGACCUCCACCAAGUGAUCGUUGCCCGGUUUGCAGACGACGAGCUCGUCAUUGACUUUGACAACUUUGUCCGGUGCCUGGUUCGGCUGGAGACGCUGUUCAAGAUAUUCAAGCAGUUGGAUCCUGAGGACACUGGAACCAUCCAGCUCGAUCUCAUGUCGUGGCUGUGUUUCUCAGUGCUGUGAAGCUGCCUGCGACUUUGGAGAAGGAAAUCAGCAGGACUCAGCUUCUAGACACUGCACCUCAGGCCCUUGGGACUGUGGGAGCAUUCGCACAAACUGAGGACUGUAGCCAAAAGGAACGCGUCUGUCCGAGACAGCCGCACUCUCAUGUCCAGGUAGAAGGUUUGCAUAUUGUACUAAAUGCAGGUGAGCUGCUCACCCCUUGACAUGCGCAGAGGCGGCCUUACAUCUAUGGUCAGUGCACGCCUUGUACUCACACCUUUCCCGUUCAGAGCAAUACUAAUCCAGGAAGACACGCAGGGAGGUGUUUUACAUCAGUCUCCAGGCAGCCGUACCGCAGGGCCCCAGGGUGCUGGCAGCUGUCUCCCCCGGGCCUCAGGGCCCACGAGGGGAAUACUCCUCCUCACCUGGCUCGGACAGGCUGGGCACACACCGCACUUGGCCUCGUGCACAUGCGGCUGUGGGCGUUGGUCUCACCCCACCAGGACCACGCGACACCAGCUGGGCUGUGGGCCACCUCUGACCCCCGGCCGCCCGGACUCUUCUGUCUCCUGUGUACCUCUCUGAGGCUGUAUAGAGAUGCCGCAGCUGGCUUCCUGGCUUGACUUUGGGAAAAGCCGACCACACUGUAAAGAAGUCACCUUCUGCCUUACCGCCAUGCUCACGUCCUGUUGAAUAAAGACUCACCUGCCAGCCACA